GACUGGUCCCCAUUUCUAGGUCCCAAAUCAUCACCAUGAAACUGAUCUUUUUGUAUUUGGUUGUGGUCCUUUGCAUCUUCUGCAAAGAUGGGGAAGCCCUAUUUUACAGAAAAAAGUCAGAUGGAAAAAUUGCUGAAAGCACAUCAGGAAAACAGAAAAGACAAGCAGGAGAAAACACUUGGUCUUCUGGUUCUGGAAGUGGUGAAGGAAGGAAGGGUACAGCUGGACUUGGUGGUGUUGCUUCUGGACCAAACGAAUUUGGUGAAACUGGCCGUGGUGGUACAAGUGUCACAAGCUCCUCUGACAGCAGUACCUCUGGACCAUUCAGUACUCCAGAAAAAGGAUCCAAUAUUCCAGAAGCCAUUCCGAAGUACUCAGAAGUGAGCCCAGUUAUUGGUGAAGCUACUACUUGGGGCAAAGGAAUAUAUAAAGCUUUCAAUGGCCGCAUCUUUUCCUUUGAGUCUUCCUGCGCAUACACUUUCUGCCAUCACUGUGUUGAAUCUGGAGGAGAUUUCAAUAUUGAGAUCAAACGAAAGAGUAAUGGUGACUUUGAAAAAAUAGCAGUUGAAAUCGAUAAUAAUGAGGUCUCUAUUUCUGGUGAUCGCAUUCUAGUUAAUGAAGAAAGAGUGCAGAUACCAUAUGACAAUAAAUUGAUACAUAUUAAAAAAUAUGGAGAACAUUAUGUCCUGAAAAGCCGUAGAGGAAUCCUGUCUUUGAUGUGGGGUAAAAAUAAACUCUCACUUACUCUUCACAAGCAAUAUCCAACUUGUGGUCUUUGUGGUAACUUCAACAGCACUCCAGGAGAAAACAUCAAUGAGCACAUUGCCAGUAGUAAAAUUCCUGGAGGUUGUCCCAAAGCUUUUAGUAAAAGCUAUGAAGUUUGUGAAGAUGGUGUAGAGUACUGUGACAAAAUUAUUGGAACUUACUUCGAGAAAUGUAGAAAGGUCGCCGCUUUUUCCAAUGACUACAGAAUUAUUUGCAUUAAUGACUACUGCCAAAAUCCAGGCAAAAAUUCUACAUGUGACACUUAUUCAGAGUUGUCCCGCCUCUGUGCCUCAGAUGGUCCUGGUAUCUAUGAAUCCUGGCGAGAUGAUUCUGAUGUGACUUGUGGAAAACCUAGAUGCCCAGAAAAACAUAUCUACAAAGAAUGCGGUCCCUCAAAUCCUGCAACUUGUUCUAAUGUGGCUCCUUUUCAAGAUAGUGAAUGUGUGAAUGGCUGCUUCUGCCCAGAAGGUUAUCUAUUGGAUGAUAUUGGAGAAAAAGGGGGAUGUGUAUUAAAGACUGAAUGUCCCUGUAGCUUACAUGGAAAGAUCUAUAAGUCAGGGGAAGUCCGAAGAGGUCCUUGUGGUUCUCAGUGCACAUGCCAGAAUGCUAAGUGGUCUUGUACGGAAGCAUUAUGUCCUGGAAGAUGUAAGGUGGAAGGAAAUUCAGUCACCACCUUUGACGGUAUUAAAUACUACCAUCCUGGAAAUUGUCACUUCUUGGCCAUCCACCAUAAAGACUGGUCUGUUAGUGUUGAACUUCGUCCUUGUCCAAGUGGCCAGUCAGGAACGUGCUUAAAUAGUGUUACACUCCUCUUAAAUUCGCCUAUUUCAGGUAACAAGUAUGUAUUCAGUAGGAAUGGAACAAUCACAAACAAUGGGAUUGAAUAUACACAUCAAAGUUAUGAUGAUUCAGGUGAAGUAUAUGUCUUCAAAGCAUCUUCCUCAUACCUUCAAGUAGAAACAAACUUUGGUGUAAAAAUGCAAAUACAAGUUGCUCCUGCGAUGCAAUUGUACGUUUCAGUGCCACCUAACAGUUUCACAGAUACUGUAGGACUCUGUGGUUCCUUCAACAACAGAGUAGAGGAUGAUUUAAUGUCAAGUCAGAAUAUAUUGGAGAAGACACCUCAGGCAUUUGCUGAUUCUUGGGAAAUGAUGCCCUGUCCUAAAGGAAAACCCACUUCCUGCAUCAGUAUAGAAAAAGAAAAAUUUGCUGAAGAGCAUUGUGGAAUUUUUCUUGAUUCAGACGGGCCUUUUGCUUCCUGCCAUCCAGUUGUGAACGCUAAACCAUAUUAUGAGGAAUGCAAAAGGUACACUUGUACUUGUGAAAACAGUGAAGACUGCCUGUGUACGGUUUUUGGCAACUAUGUGAAAGCAUGUGCUGAGAAAGAAGUAUACAUGGUGGGAUGGAGAACCGGACUGUGUGAUUCCUCUUGUCCAAGUGACCUCGUUUUCAAGUACAAUAUAAAAGCCUGCAAUGAAACUUGUCGAUUAUUGUCAGAGAGAUAUAGGAGCUGUGAUAUAGAAGAUGUUCCAUUUGAUGGAUGCACUUGCCCUGAUGGAAUGUACCAGAAUAAUGAAGGGAAUUGUGUUCCAAAAUCUCAGUGUGACUGCUACAUAAAUGGCAAGGUCAUUCAACCAGGCAAACUCAUCAAUAUUAAUAACAACAGAUGUGUCUGUCGGGAUGGAAAUUUUCUUUGCCAGACUCCCAUUAGUUCAGCCCAACAGAAUUGUUCUGGAGGGGCUGAAUAUGUUGACUGCAGGGGCCCGAGGGCACGGAGAAGAGUUGACAGUAAAUGUGGUGCUUGGAACUUGCCUGGUUUUGAUGAGAACUUGCCUUGCAAAGCUGGGUGCUACUGUCCAGUAGGCAUGGUUCGAAAUUCUAAAGGGAACUGCGUCUUUCCUGAAGACUGCCCAUGUUCUUUUGGUGGAGGGGAGUAUGAACAAGGAAGUGUUACCUCAGUUGGCUGCAACAACUGUACUUGUGUAAAAGGAUCUUGGAGCUGUACACAAAAUAAAUGUCAAACCGUCUGCCACAUCUAUGGGGAAGGUCAUGUUAGAACUUUUGAUGGAAAAAGUUACAGCUUUGAUGGUCUCUGCCAAUAUUCAUUUGCUGAGGAUUAUUGCGGUCGGGAAAGUGGCACAUUCCGUAUUUUAACUGAAAGCGUCCCAUGCUGUGAAGAUGGGCUUACGUGCUCAAGAAAAAUCAUAGUUGCUUUUCAGGAUCAGAAUGUUGUCUUGCAUGAUGGUAAAGUAACAGCCUCCAAAAUUACAGAAAGUAAGGACUGUGGGCUCAGUGAAAAUACAUAUUCCGUACAUACCGUUGGCCUGUACCUGAUUCUAAAAUUUUUAAAUGGGAUAACCAUAAUUUGGGACAAGAAUACAAGAGUUUCUGCUAUACUGGAUCCUCGCUGGCAUGGCAAAGUGUGUGGUCUUUGUGGAAACAACAAUGGUGAUCUCAAGGAUGAUUUCAUAACAAGGCAUUCAUCAGAAGCUAUUGGAGCACUGGAAUUUGGAAAUAGUUGGAAAACGAGUCAAAAAUGUGCAGACACAGCAGCACAAUAUUUCCCAUGUGACUCAAACCCAUACUGUAAAGCCUGGGCUGUGCAGAAAUGUGGGAUCAUCAGGGACAGCAUCUUCAAAGAAUGCCACCACAAGGUGGACCCUGAAGCUUACCUAGAAGCAUGUAUUGAAGAAGCCUGCUCAUGUGACAUGGAGGGGAAGUAUUUGGGAUUCUGCACGGCUGUGGCCAUGUAUGCAGAGGCAUGCAGUGCAGUUGGAGUCUGUGUCUCAUGGAGAAAACCAGAUCUCUGUCCUGUUUUCUGUGAUUAUUAUAAUGGACCUGGGGAAUGCAGUUGGCGCUAUGAACCUUGUGGUACAGUAACUACAAAAACAUGCAGAGAUCGAGUUAUUGGCCAGAAAUUUUCUGCAGUUUUAGAAGGUUGUUAUGCUAAGUGCCCGGAUAAUGCUCCUUAUCUGGAUGAGAACCUCAUGAAAUGCGUCCGUUUAUCUGAGUGCAGCUGUUUCUAUAACGAUAUCGUACCAGCAGGUGGAGUGAUUCAGGAUAACUGUGGGAGAACAUGCUAUUGUAUCGCAGGAGAAUUGGAGUGCAGUGGUGAUGCUGCUUCUGCAAAUUCGACAUUCACAGCAAUUACAUCAGUAACCAGUAGCUCAGGCACAGCAGCUUCCACUCCAGUGCUUACAAGAUCAAGCAGUGAAACAAUAGGAGGAACCGGCAGCCCGACUGCAGCCACCAGAGGAGGGAUCCCAGAAGGUACAGAGGGCUUCACAACAGCCGCAGGGAGUGAGAAGACAAGUGGAGAUUCAGCUGGCCCAGGCACAACCGUGGGAGACAGAGCAGGAACAGCUCGAGGUCUCCAGACUGAACGUUCCACUACAGGUGUUGCUGGACGUCCAGUUUCCACGACCCUCAAUGCUGGCAGCCUAGGCAGCACUGGAGCGGGCCCCGCCUUCACCACCAGCCCUGGCCACAUACCAGGAGGAACCGGCAGCCCGACUGCAGCCAUCAGAGGAGGGAUCCCAGAAGGUACAGAGGGCUUCACAACAGCCGCAGGGAGUGAGAAGACAAGUGGAGAUUCAGCUGGCCCAGGCACAACCGUGGGAGACAGAGCAGGAACAGCUCGAGGUCUCCAGACUGAACGUUCCACUACAGGUGUUGCUGGACGUCCAGUUUCCACGACCCUCAAUGCUGGCAGCCUAGGCAGCACUGGAGCGGGCCCCGCCUUCACCACCAGCCCUGGCCACAUACCAGGAGGAACCGGCAGCCCGACUGCAGCCAUCAGAGGAGGGAUCCCAGAAGGUACAGAGGGCUUCACAACAGCCGCAGGGAGUGAGAAGACAAGUGGAGAUUCAGCUGGCCCAGGCACAACCGUGGGAGACAGAGCAGGAACAGCUCGAGGUCUCCAGACUGAACGUUCCACUACAGGUGUUGCUGGACGUCCAGUUUCCACGACCCUCAAUGCUGGCAGCCUAGGCAGCACUGGAGCGGGCCCCGCCUUCACCACCAGCCCUGGCCACAUACCAGGAGGAACCGGCAGCCCGACUGCAGCCAUCAGAGGAGGGAUCCCAGAAGGUACAGAGGGCUUCACAACAGCCGCAGGGAGUGAGAAGACAAGUGGAGAUUCAGCUGGCCCAGGCACAACCGUGGGAGACAGAGCAGGAGCAGCAGAUAGGGGAUUUGCAGUGACUUUUGUAGCUGCUGGUGAAACCACUUCUGUUGCAUCAGGUACCUCCAGGGAAGCAUUUGUAACAACCACUGCUUCUGGAAUUUCUACCACAGCAGUCACUGCUUCCACAGAAGUCAAGGAAACCUCUGAAACUAAAAUGCAAACAAGAUGUCCACCAUCACAUCCACCACCUCCAGUUUGUCAUGGUCCACUGGGAGAAAAGAAAUCUCCUGGAGAGGAAUGGACUGCCAAUUGUUACACAUGCACCUGUACUGAUGCAAAUACUGUGGACUGUAACCUCAAGGAGUGCCCUUCUGCACCCACAUGCAAAACUGGAGAGAGACUUGUAAAGUUCCAAGAUAACGACACCUGCUGUGAAAUUGGAUACUGUGAACCAAGAACAUGUUUGUUUAACAGUAUCGAUUAUGAGAUUGGUGCUUCAUUUGAUGAUCCCAGCAACCCAUGCAUCUCCUACUCCUGCCACAACACUGGUUUUGUUGCAGUGGUCCAAGACUGCCCAAAGCAGACUUGGUGUCCAGAAGAAGACCGAGUCUAUGAUUCAAAAAAAUGUUGCUAUACAUGUAAGACUAAUUGUAGAUCUUCACCUGUGAAUGUGACUAUUAAGUACAAUGGUUGCCAGAAAAGAGUCGAGAUGGCAAGGUGUGUAGGGGAAUGCAAGAAGACUGUCUGGUACAAUUAUACACUCUUUAAGUUGACAAAUUCAUGCCUUUGCUGCCGAGAAGAUAACUAUGAGUUCCGAGAAGUUGUUCUUAGCUGUCCUGAUGGCAGUACAAUACCUUACAGAUACAGGCAUGUCACAACCUGUUCUUGCUCAGACAUAUGCCAACAAUCUGUAACUCAAGCGGUCAGUUAACACUAUUAUAACAUUUCUGGGUAGAACAGGCUAGGUAUUUAUUUUAUAAAUGAACAAAAAUGAUCAACUGAAUAAUAUAACUAAACAUUUGUAUCUCACUCAAAAAGUGAAUUCUCAUUAUGAGGCAUUUUGUUCUCUUGUUGACUGGAUCUGAAAAAUAAAUACAACUUUGCAAGCAA